GUUGACCUGAGUGAGUCCCUGGUUCGCCCCCUCUCUGCUCGCUAUAUAGCAGCUUGGAGAACUGACCAAGAACCUUUCUAGUGCGUGCUCCCGUGAUGUGCCCAGUCCGACGGGAAACGGGACUAACUUCAUUGUGAGCGUCAUUUGACUAACACAGGGGCCGCGCUAACAUUAGAGUCCGCAGACAGACUGCAAUGGUCGGGUGCCACGUCACUGCGCUACUGUUGCUGGUGGUGUAUGCCGUCACGGUACAAGCCUUCUUCUUGGUCCCAGAUUCCAGCCACUGGCAACCCAAUAAGAUGACCUACAUCUACGAACAGUUAGAGAGGAAGCGGGAAAAAGCGCAAGACAGGGCAGCGGCGGCGGCAGCAGCAGCAGUAGCAGCGGCAGAGGAGGCUGCAGCAGCACAGGAACUGGCCAGAAAACAACAGUCAGCAGGAGGAAAAUCUAGGGUGCUGGCGUUCUACCCAUGGAGGGGGAAGCGAAAUGGCGACACACCGAGUUCCGUCUAUAUGACCUUAGGAAGGCAGCAUGUUGGCGAUACUGAAGAUUAUUACCGUCCACUUACAGCAGUGUAACGUACAAAUAUUGACUGGGCAGUGAACCACCACCCGCUUUCGCUCUGAGAACCUUUGUUUUUGUUCAAAUGGAAAAUAAAAUUGUCUGAGGGUA